GACCGCGCGCCCAACGGACCGAGCUGCAGCCGUGAGGUAACCGCUGCAGCGCGCGGGAGUGUGGAGGCGACGCCGCCGUCUCCUGUCCCGAGCGGUGUCUGAGGGGGGAAAAAGAAGAGGCGUCCGCGGCGGCCCGGGACACAGAGCAGGCCCUCCCGCCCCUCUCCUCCAGCCAGCAUGAGGCGGACGCCGCCGCCCCUCAGCCCGCGCGCCGGGGAUCCCGGGCGGCGGCGGCGGCGGGCGCAACCCUGAGCGCUCUGCGAAGCUCGGGGCGCCCUGAACGCGGAGGGCGCGGGGUCGGCGAGCGCCAGCGGCCACCCGCGGCCGCAGCCAUGAGGAAGGACGAGCGCGAGCGGGACGCGCCAGCCAUGAGGUCCCCGCCGCCGCCGCCGCCGGCCGCGGCCGCCUCGCCCCCCGAGAGCCUGCGCAACGGCUACGUGAAGAGCUGCGUGAGCCCGCUGCGGCAGGACCCUCCGCGCGGCUUCUUCGUCCACCUCUGCCGCUUCUGCAACGUGGAGCCGCCGGCGGCCUCGCUCCGCGCCGGGGCACGCCUCUCGCUCGGCGCCCUGGCCGCCUUUGUCCUGGCCGCGCUGCUGGGCGCGGGGCCCGAGCGCUGGGUGGCCGCGGCGGCCGGGCUGCGGACGCUGCUGAGCGCCUGCUCGCUCAGCCUCAGCCCGCUCUUCAGCAUCGCCUGUGCCUUCUUCUUCCUCACCUGCUUCCUGACGCGCGCGCAGCGGGGCCCGGGCCGAGGCGCCGCGAGCUCCUGGUGGCUGCUGGCGCUGCCCGCCUGCUGCUACCUGGGCGACUUCGCGGCGUGGCAGUGGUGGUCGUGGCUGCGCGGGGAGCCGGCGGCGGCGGCGGCGGGCCGCCUGUGCCUGGCGCUGAGCUGCGUGGGGCUGCUGACGCUCGCCCCCCGCGUCAGGCUGCGGCACGGCGUCCUGGUGCUGCCCUUCGCCGGCCUGGUGUGGUGGGUGUCGUUCUCCGGCCUCGGGGCGCUGCCGCCUGCGCUCAGGCCUCUGCUGUCGUGCCUGGUCGGGGGCGCGGGAUGCCUCCUGGCCCUGGGCUUGGACCACUUCUUUCACGUCCGGGGAGCCUGUCUUCCGCCGCGCUCGGCGACUACCGCGGAAGAAAAAGUGCCUGUGAUCAGACCCCGGAGGAGGUCCAGCUGCGUGUCGCUGGGAGAAAGCGCCGCCGGUUACUAUGGCAGUGGCAAGAUGUUCAGGAGACCGUCGUUGCCCUGCAUCUCCCGAGAACAGAUGAUUCUUUGGGACUGGGACUUGAAGCAGUGGAGUAAACCUCAUUACCAGAAUUCUGGAAGUGGAAAUGGAGUUGAUCUCUCAGUGCUAAAUGAAGCUCGCAAUAUGGUGUCAGAUCUUCUGAUUGACCCAAGCCUUCCCCCACAAGUCAUUUCUUCUCUGCGGAGUAUCAGUAGUUUAAUGGGUGCUUUCUCAGGUUCCUGUAGGCCAAAGAUUAAUCCUCUCACACCAUUUCCUGGAUUUUAUCCCUGCUCUGAAGUGGAAGAUCCAGUAGAGAAAGGAGAUCGAAAACUUCACAAGGGACUGAGUAGUAGAAACGGUUUCCCGACUGCACAACUGAGGAGGAGCUCGGGAGCAUCAGCAUUGCUGGCUAAAGAGCACCACUCAAGGUGGGAGCGUAGCAGUGGCAAAAGGCCUCACCAGGAGCUAGGCCUUUCCAGUCAUGGAUGCCACCUAAAUGGGCCUUUUGGCUCAAGUCUCCUGACAGUUCCAAAGCAGAGGUCAUCAUCUGUGUCACUGACUCAUCAUGUAGGUCUGAAAAGAGCCGGUGCUUUGCCCAGCCUUAGUCUUGUGAACUCUCCAAGCCAUGUGCCAGCGUCUACUGGCUCUCAAACUAAUCGAUCACCCAUAGAAUUUCCUGAUACUGCUGAUUUUCUUACUAAGCCAAGUAUUGUUUUACAUAGAUCACUGGGCAGUGUACCUAAUGCAGCAGAUUUCUAUCAGUACCUUAGAAACCCUGAUAGCAAUUUGUGUAGCAGCUGUGGACAUCAAAUACUCAAAUAUGUUUCAACAUGGGAAUCGGAUGGUACAGACCACCACAGUGGAAAAUCAGGUGAAGAAGACAACACUGCUUUUUCAAAAGAACCAUUCAACAUCAUGGAAACUCAAGAAGAGAUGGCCAAGAAAGACAGCAGGGAAUUAAUUUUGGAAGGUGAUAAUCACCUAAUGGAAGAGGCACAGCAACCAAAUAUUGACCAGGAAGUGUUAUUGGACUCGAUGUUAGUAGAAGAUUAUGACUUGUUAAUAGAAAAGAUGAGCAACUGGAAUUUUCAGAUUUUUGAGCUUGUAGAAAAGAUGGGAGAAAAAUCAGGAAGGAUUCUCAGUCAGGUUAUGUAUACUUUAUUUCAAGAUACUGGUUUAUUGGAAACAUUUAAAAUUCCCACUCAAGAAUUUAUGAAUUAUUUUCGUGCAUUAGAAAAUGGCUAUCGAGACAUUCCUUAUCACAAUCGUAUACAUGCCACAGAUGUACUACAUGCUGUUUGGUAUCUGACAACACGACCAAUUCCUGGCUUACAGCAGAGCCAUGAUAACCAUGAAGCACAGACCGAAGCAGAUUCAGAUGGUAGACUUGGUUCUGGACAGAUUGCUUACAUUUCUUCGAAAAGUUGCUGUAUUCCAGAUGAGAGUUAUGGCUGCCUGUCUUCAAACAUUCCUGCUUUAGAACUGAUGGCUUUGUAUGUGGCAGCUGCCAUGCACGAUUAUGAUCACCCAGGAAGAACAAAUGCAUUUCUAGUGGCUACAAAUGCACCUCAGGCAGUUUUAUACAAUGACAGAUCUGUUCUAGAAAACCAUCAUGCCGCAUCAGCUUGGAAUCUGUAUCUUUCUCGCCCAGAAUACAACUUCCUGCUUAACCUUGAUCAUGUGGAAUUCAAGCGCUUUCGUUUUUUAGUCAUAGAAGCAAUCCUUGCCACAGAUCUCAAAAAACAUUUUGAUUUCCUUGCUGAAUUCAAUGCCAAGGCCAAUGAUGUAAAUAGUAAUGGUAUAGAAUGGACCAGUGAAAACGAUCGCCUCUUAGUCUGCCAGGUGUGCAUCAAACUAGCAGAUAUAAAUGGCCCAGCAAAAGCUCGGGAUCUACAUUUGAGAUGGACAGAAGGCAUUGUGAAUGAAUUUUAUGAGCAGGGAGAUGAAGAAGCAACCCUGGGUCUACCCAUUAGUCCCUUCAUGGAUCGUUCUUCUCCUCAACUAGCAAAACUCCAAGAAUCUUUUAUCACCCACAUUGUGGGCCCCCUGUGCAACUCCUAUGAUGCUGCUGGCUUGCUGCCUGGUCAGUGGAUACAAGCAGAAGAGGAUGAUGAUACAGAAAGUGGUGAUGAUGAUGAUGGUGAAGAAUUAGAUUCAGAUGAUGAAGAAACAGAAGACAGUCUAAAUCCCAAACCACAAAGAAGGAAAGGCAGGCGGCGGAUAUUUUGUCAACUAAUGCACCACCUCACUGAAAACCACAAGAUAUGGAAGGAAAUCAUAGAAGAAGAAGAAAAAUGUAAAGCUGAGGGGAACAAACUGCAGGUGGAGAAUACCUCCUUACCUCAAGCAGAUGAGAUUCAGGUUAUUGAAGAAGCAGAUGAAGAGGAAGAGCAAAUGUUUGAAUAGAAGAAAACUCAUGCUGAAGAAGCCUGGGGUCCAAUGCCCAGGGUUAGCAGUCAUUACCUAAUGCUCACUGUGCUGAUUCUUAACUGACCAAUCCCAUGUGGACAGGCUUUAAUACUGUGAGAGAACCCUUGCUACCCUGGCUGUUCUCACAUAAGCACUUUCAUCACAAACUAGGGAAUGAAUCUUACUUGACCCAUGUUGCAAAGCCCUUCCUCAAAGCCUUCACUGGUGUGUAAAAUCCUUUGUCAUAAUGCUGCUUUGCUGGGUAGUGAGCUCUUUAUUUUUCAUGGUGAGGGAGGGCUAAAACUGAAAAUUCUAGAAAUUUCAGCUUUUGAAGUGGUCAUAAUACUUUUAUGAAAACAGGAUUCAUUUUGUAUUUCCAAGUAUAUCUUUUAUGUCUUUAUUUUGGUGUGGGGAUGGGAAAACAAACCUCUGCCUAAUACAAAAAGGAAUUCAUUGUGGCCUUUCUUGAGUGAUUUCUGCUCAUGGCAGUACGCUGUUCAAUGUGGUUCUCCCAGCUUUGUCCACGAAGGACUGAGGACCUUUGUUAUACUUAACAAAAUCCAGGUGCAUCAAUUUCUGAUGCUUUAUAUUGUUGUGUAUAAUAUAUAAUCUACUUGUGUGUAUUAUUUCUGCCGAAAGUAUUCAGGUUUGCUGUGGACAUCAGAAGUCUGAUUCUAGUCUUACUGAUUUUGUUCCAUGGUUGAAUUUUAAAGGUGUUUAACAAUGAAGGAACUUUAUUCUUUAGUCAAAACUGUUCUUUUUACUUUUUCUCAGGAUAAGUAAUUUUAAAUAUUUAAUUAUGCUAAACAUGGCAAAGAUUUGGCUGAAAAAAUAUUGUCCUAAUAUUGAUGUUACCUUUUAUAAAAUAAGCACCAUUUUAAUUAAAGCCAAGAAAAAGGAGAUAGCUAUCAUUGGCCUUAAUGCAAAAUCAAAUGAAACCAAUCCCAUUAAGAUAUUGCUUUAAAAAUUUGGUAUCUCUACAUCUAUGUCUUGUAUCCUUGUGUCUGGUUAUAGUAAAACUGACGUUUUUGGUUUUUUGUUGGUUUCUUUCUGCUCCAAGAAUAUAUGACAGAGAUGACUCAUCACUAUGUAGUAAUACCAGAACCCCACAGAAAGACUGAAUUCUUAGGUAAAGUACAUGAUGGGAAUACCUACUUAAUUUUUACACAAAAGCUAUAAAUAUUUCAAUAAAUGAUUCAUACAAAUGCAUAUAAAUAAAUAUCUUACUAAGAAAACAGACCACAUUUGUAAUGUUUACAUGACCUCAUUAGAGUGUGGCUAUGUGCCGUAGUUGUGAACUAUUAUUGAAGUUGUACAAAGCAACCAAAAUUAUACCAAGAUGGUAAAUUGAUUUCUCAUUAUCCUUGAAUACUGUACAAUUAUUUUGGAGUCAUUCAACUUUAUGCAGAAUUAACUGUCAGUUUCCACAAUAGUUCCUAUAGUGUGUGAUAAUGGAGUUUCUUACCUACCUAAGAUAUUUGAGUUGUCUACAAGGCCACAGUUAAAGAUCUAUUGAAGUGCUGGGGUUUUUGAACCUGCAGGUAUCAUAUUCAGUGAAUCACUACACUUUAUUUAUUAAACAUGUUGAGUGCUGAGUUCCUUCCCGUCACUUUUGCUACCACAACCACAUCAUUUGUAAACUGGUCCCACCAUAUCUUACUAAGUAAUAAAACUGAUAAUACAUUGAA